AUGUCAAAUUCUAAACAAAAUAAUAAUCAGAAUAAUAACCAUAAUAACCAUAAUUCUAAUCAUAAAUGGAUAAAUCAAUUACGUUUGUUACCUUCAAAGCCAAAUUCAAAUGAUUUUUUAAAGUUGGAAUAUUUAGAAGUAAAUUUAAAUAAUUCAAGAAAAUUAAUUAAUAAUUUAAAUGAGUUAAGUAAGAAUACAAAUGAUUACUUGGAUAACUUAAAUUUACAAGUCAAUGGUAAUUUAGUACAGAUUAAACAUAUAGAGAAAGAAUUGGAUUGGUUACCAAAGUGA